AUGUCCUCCCUCCGCUCCGCCGGGAGGGUGGUGUUCUGGGCCUUCCUCCUGUGGUUCACUGUCGCCCAUGGUAUGAGAGACAGCCAGGUAAAGGAACUAAGACAAGAAACGGAGCGCAUGUUCUUCCACGGCUUCGAGAACUACUUGCAAUACGCGUUCCCCGAAGACGAAUUGCGCGCGCUGACCUGCGGUCCUCUGUUUCGCGACGAGAAGAAUCCAGAGAAUAAUGAUGUCUUGGGGAAUUACUCCUUGACUUUGAUUGACAGCUUGUCGUCGCUGGCAAUCAUCUCGUCGAGUCCGGACAGUGGUGAGCGUGCCUUGGCGCAUUUCCAAAACGGUGUUCAGGACUUCGUUAGGCUAUAUGGUGAUGGCUCGGACGGCCCUGCUGGUCAGGGUGAAAGGUCGAGAGGCUUUGAUCUGGACAGUAAGGUGCAGUUAUUUGAGACUGUGAUUCGAGGGCUGGGUGGUUUGCUCAGCGCUCAUCUUUUUGCCGUUGGCGAGCUGCCCAUUACUGGAUACGAACCCUCAGCACAGGAAGCCGCCUUCGCAAGCGCAUGGGAUAAAAGCGACUUUGGGAAGAAAGACCACGGCAUUCGAUGGGGAAAUGGCUUUGUUUAUGAUGGUCAACUACUUCGGCUUGCUGUGGAUUUGGCCCACCGUCUGCUCCCUGCGUUUUACACAGAGACCGGUCUCCCCUAUCCCAGAGUCAAUCUCCGACACGGAAUACCGUUCUACGAAAAUGCGCCUCUUAACUUGAAUGGCCAGAGCAGCUCACGCAAACGAAAACCUAAGUAUGCAGCAACGUCAGAGCCCGCUGAGACUUGUAGUGCUGGUGCGGGUAGUUUAGUCCUCGAACUUACCGUCCUGAGCCGCCUCACUGGUGAUGGUCGGUACGAGGAUCUGGGGAAAAGAGCAUUCUGGGCGGUUUGGAGCCGCCGGAGUGAUAUUGGACUGCUUGGAUUUGGCAUUGAUGUGGAGUCGGGAAAGUGGGUGGGACCAUGGGCUGGUAUUGGUGCAGGUAUUGACAGUUUCUAUGAAUAUGCCGUCAAGGCUUAUGUUCUCCUAUCAGAGGGUCACCGUUUGCCAUUCGAUUCUGGAAGCCCCUGGGCAGCAUUGGACUCAUACUAUGAUCCUUUGACGGACUAUCAACACACGGCGGAAGCCUUCCGGCAGGUAUGGGAAGAAUCCCACACAUCGAUCAACCGCCAUUUGUUCCGAGGCGAAGGAUAUCAACAUCCCCAUCUUAUUGUAGGGGAUGUGAUCACUGGUGCCACACGAGCUUUCUGGAUUGAUAGCCUGAGCGCUUUCUAUCCAGGAGUUCUCGCUCUGGAUGGAAAGUUGGAUGAAGCAAUUCAGAUUCACCUCCUGACCACCGCGAUCUGGACUCGCUACUCGGGUAUUCCUGAGCGGUGGAACGUGGCCACGGGUGACAUUGACAACGGCAUGCCGUGGUAUGGAGGUCGGCCAGAGUUCAUCGAAUCUAACUAUUACAUUUACCGGGCAACUCAAGAUCCCUGGUAUUUGCAUGUUGGCGAGAUGGUCCUCAGCGACCUUAAGCGGCGAUGCUGGACCAAGUGUGGCUGGGCUGGCAUCCGAAACGUUCUGACUGGUGAACUUAUUGAUCGAAUGGAGAGUUUUUUCAUUGGUGAAACCGCCAAGUACCUCUUCCUGCUGUUUGACCAGGACCAUCCGUUGAACAGGAUUGAUGCACCCUGGGUCUUCAAUACUGAAGGACAUCCUCUCAUCAUUCCUAAAAAGAAGGCAUCGCAACCUCGCCAAGCUUCGCCGCCACCAGCAGGACAGGAGCUCGCAGAGGGAACAUGUCAAAUCAUCCCUUCUCCUUUCUUUGGUGUAUCAUCCACUGCAUCCCGCUCGGAUAUCUUCCACGCUGCCACUUUGGCUCGCUUGGAUCUGAUGCCCAAUCGUGGCGGCGCCCAGGGUCCUAUCUUGGAAGACUCAUCCGAGCAUCAAAGUGUAUUUACGUCCGAUCUCUCCUCACCAACCAACUAUACAUUCUACCCAUGGACACUUCCCCCUCAGCUGGUCCCCUUUGAUGCCACUAGCGCCCCCAUGGCCGUUCGACCCACACUCGACAUCUCAUUCCCAUCGCUUCCAGGUGGCGUAAACCUAGGAUCUGGAGCACUGGAACGUGUCCGCGACGGGGUUCUCGUCAAAACAAUCGGAGGGCUGCGUCUGAGUAUGGUUCAGGAUGUACCGCUAGAAGACCCAACGCCCACUGGACAAGACGCGGACGGGUACCGGGUGCAGGUGAUCAAUAAUGUGCCACUAGGCAAAGAUGAGAAGGUAUAUCUAUCUCGCCAGAUCACCUUUGAUGUCGUCGAUCCCUAUGAUCCGAACUUCACCCGGGUCCGCGACAACGCCAUGCUAGACCUUGUCAUUGACGUUCUUCCAGAGCCCGCUCGCCGACGCAAUGAUUCGACUCAUCCGCGAGAUGAGUAUUCUGCGUCAGAACAUCCACAGCCGCCAGAGUCCCACCUCGGAGCCCACAGAGCCGCCUCUUCUGUCGACGAUGGCGCCAUCGUCGACUCCCCAGACUCAACUGUAAAGGCCAUGCUAUCAUCUCUGGUGAACUCGGUUUCUUCGUUGCUUCGUGACGAGCCGACUGAGGCUGCACCGCUUCGAUUGAGUCUUCCUGCUUCUAUUGCUACGGGGGUUGGUUCAGGCCCGCUCCCGGACACUGAAGAUGCCGUCGUCAUGUCAUUACUUGGCAACCCAUCUACCAGCCGUCUAACAUGGUCAAGUAUAUACUUUGUUGAUGAAAUCUGUGACGAAAAGGUUCUGCGUGAGGUCGUUCAGAACCACGAGGUACUUGUUAUCAAGCGUGGCGGUUGCACUUUUUCAGAAAAGCUACGCAACAUCGCCGCAUACCGGCCAACACGGUCUGCACUGAAGCUCAUUGUUGUUGUCUCAUACGAUGACAUCCCACCAGAAAGCGAGGAGAAGAAAGGGUCAAAAUAUCAAUCUGACUUCUCCAUCGCCGCUGUUCGUGCCGAGUCAACUCUCAUCCGCCCACACCUCGACGAGGCCCAAUUGACAGCCAGCGGUAUUCCACGCAACCACCUCAUCAGCAUGGUUAUGGUGGGCGGUGGAGAUGAAACCUACCAACUUCUUCGCCAUGCAGGCGGUAUCGGCGUCAAGAGACGAUACACCAUGCGUUCUCAGGGCGUCCCAAUCACGAAUUUAUAUAUUGUUUGA